AACAAGAUGGCGGCAGCAGGCCCGAGUACUCGGGCCUCUUCCGCGGCGGCAACGGCGGCUCUGAGUCGGCGGGGUCGGCGGGGCCGCUGUGACGACAUGGCGGCAGUGAAGACUGGGGCCCCGGGCCCAGGCUCUGGUCCCGCGCUAUUGGUGUUUCCAGCGCCGUUGUUGCAACCGUCGCUACCACCGAGGCCGGAGGAGUCUGGCUGCGCCGGGUGCCUGGAGACGCCGGGAGAAGCGGCGGCCUUGCCGUGCGGCCACUCACUGUGCCAAGGCUGCGCCCAGCGCGCCGCCGACGCGGCGGGCCCCGGUUGCCCGCGUUGUCGCGCUUGCGGUCCGGGCUGGGCCCGCCGUCGGGCCCGCGACGACAGCCAGGCAGACGCCGAGGUGCUAGGCGAACGAGUCCGCCGCAGCCAGCCCGAACGCUGCCGUCCGCGCCGGGACGGGGGCGCGGCCGCUGCGGAGCCCGGACCGGAGCAGGAGCCGCGCGCCGCGCCUGCGGAGCCAGAGUUUAUAUUCAGAGCACCAAUCAAAUUAAGCAAGCCUGGGGAACUUCGUGAAGAAUAUGAAAGCCUGAGAAAGUUGAGAGAAGAAAAGUUACAAGAGGAGAAAGCCACUGAAGAUCAAAGCCACAAACUCUUACCAGAGGAUAUAGAAACAGGGAAAAGAAAAAUGGAUGAACUAAAAAAAAGAGAUGAUCCGUUAACCCUGAAAUCAAAUCUGGAACAUUGUCCUGCACGUCUCUCAGAUUCAGAAAAUGAAGAACCUUCUCAAGGCAAGAUGAUACAGACACAUCGCUCAGCAUUUGUUUCCAAGAACAACUCCUACUCCUUAGCUUUCCUGGCAGGGAAUCUAAACUCCAAGGUGGAGAGGAGUCCGAGCUGCAAUGAUACUGCUCAAGACAGAACAAAGAGCAGACUCAGAGCGGCUCCACCCAACAAAGCCAAGGUCACAACUAUGACCCCAGCAUCCAAUCCUAUAAUUGGUGUCCUCUUGUCCACUCAAAACAACCGCUGCCUUUCAGCUCCUGAUUUAACCAUCGAAAAGCGCCUGCCCUUCAGCUCCCUUUCAUCCUUGGUUUCCCUGCAUAAGCCAGAGCGCUCGAUCAGCCCUGAGAGCAAUGACAGCAUUUCUGAAGAACUAAACCAUUUCAAACCCAUCGUUUGCUCCCCAUGCACUCCUCCCAAGAGACUCCCUGAUGGCCGAGUGUUAAGUCCCCUCAUCAUCAAAUCCACACCUCGUAACCUCAGCAGAAACCUGCAGAAGCAAACUUCUUAUGAGGCCAGUCCGUGGAUCCUCAAAAAGUGGGAACAGAUCUUUCAAGAGCGGCAGAUCAAAAAGACCCUUACAAAAGCCACUCUCACUUCUUUGCCUCCUGAAACAGGGGAAGACUUACUUGUCUCUGAAGUUAUCCAUUCUAGUAAGGACAAACCAGUUCUGACUGUAAAUACAAAACUGUCCAGCAGACAAGUACCCUCUGAAUAUACUGGGCCCACCCCCACUGACCUUGAUUUUUUUCCUUCUGUUAGCCAAACAAAAGCUGAACAGGGCAGUGAUAGUAAAAGGAACAUUGAGAUUUCAUUGGAAACUUGUUCCUCAGAACUCAAAGGGGGAGCCAGUGGGACUUCUUUGGAGAGAGAGCAGUUUGGGGGAUCAGACUUAACCCCAGAUGCCAAGUUAGACAAAGCCUGUAUAAGUACGGUCAUGAAAAUCUCAGCAGUUAAUUCAGUGCUACCCAAAAACAAUGUUUCAGCUGGGGUCCUGAAAACAAAGAAACAGCUGAAGACAUUGAAUCAUUUCGACUUGCCUAAUGGUAUACUGGUAGACAAUCUAGGUGAGGAGCCGCUUCCACCCUUACGUCGGGGCCGGAAAAGACGUUGUAAGACUAAGCACUUGGAACAAAAUGGUUCCCUUAAGAAACUGCGCCAGACCAGUAGUGAGGUGGGUCUGGCCCCAUCAGAUCCAGUACUGAGAGAAAUGGAGCAGAAAUUGCAACAAGAGGAAGAGGACCGACAGUUGGCUCUGCAGUUGCAGCGUAUGUUUGACAAUGAGAGGCGGACUGUGAGUCGGCGAAAAGGAAGUGUGGAUCAGUAUCUUUUACGGUCUAGCAACAUGGCUGGGGCCAAGUAG